AGAAAAAGGAUUAAGGGUACUUGUAUUACCGGUAUAUCGCCGCAUAAAAUCGAGCUAUUAAUAAAGUACUUAUAUAGUACUAUUAGGAGCAUACUUGCUCUUGAAACCCUAUAUACUAAUAGCUUCUCUAUAUCUCGCAAAGGCCGUUCUUUUCUCUAUAGUAAUCGAAAUUAUUAA